AUGACAUUAGCAGGAUUAAUGGAACUGAAUAAACAAGAAGAUUUCGAUCUUUCCAAUACUUUGAAAUAUAUAGAAUUUCUACAUAGUAGGAUAUCAGACAAUUAUCAAAGAAUCGAGGUCAAAUUAAACCAAUUGACUGCAAAAACAAAACCCCAACAAAUCGAGAACAUAAUAAUAGAUACCAACACUGCUUUAACCACCAUAAUAUAUCCCUACGAAAACACAAGCAACCUAGAAAAGAAUCCUGAAUUCAAAUCAUUCAUAAUAUUUGUCAUACUUAUUAUCAAAUUCCUACAGCUUUUCAAAGAUAUAUAG